AUGGGCGUUCGAUCGAUUUUCGACGUUCCAGAUGUAAGGGCAGAGUUUGAAAAAGCAGGCAUCAAUUCUCUCUUCAUUCCUUUUAUUUGGAAGUAUGUGAUUAAAAACCCUAAUUGUGAAUGGGAGCAAAUACCCGAUUUGCCCUCUGCUGCGUACCCCCUUUUGCGUUCCAAGUUCAAAAUUUUCACUUCAACUGUUGACUCCGUUAUUGAUUCAAACGAUGGGGUCACCACCAAACUUCUCAUUAAGCUUCAGAAUGGAGCAUUUGUGGAGGCGGUGAUUAUGAGGUAUGACACCCGGUUGGGGAAAUAUUGUGGGAAACCCCGUCCUGGUGGUCCAAGAUCGACUCUAUGCAUAUCAUCUCAGGUUGGAUGUAAGAUGGGUUGCAAGUUUUGUGCAACUGGAAGCAUGGGAUUCAAAAACAAUUUAUCAUCAGGGGAAAUUGUUGAGCAAUUAGUUCAUGCCUCUCACUUGUCACAAAUACGGAAUGUUGUUUUCAUGGGGAUGGGGGAACCACUGAAUAACUACUCUUCUUUGGUGGAAGCAGUACGUGUUAUGUUGGGAGCUCCAUUUCAGCUAUCUCCAAAGAGAAUUACUGUAUCAACAGUUGGAAUAAUUCAUGCUAUUAACAAGCUUCAUAAAGAUCUACCAGGUUUGAACCUGGCAGUAUCCCUACAUGCACCAGUUCAAGACAUCCGCUGUCAGAUAAUGCCUGCAGCUCGUGCUUUCCCUUUGGAAAAACUUAUGGAUGCUCUGCAAAUAUAUCAAAAGAACAGUAGGCAGAAGAUUUUUAUUGAGUACAUAAUGCUUGAUGGGGUGAAUGAUGAAGAGGAGCAUGCCCACCAGCUUGGCAAAUUGCUAGAGACAUUUGAUGUGGUUGUGAAUUUGAUACCUUUCAAUCCAAUUGGUAAUCUGAGUCAAUUCAGAACAAGCAGUGAAAUGAAAGUAUUGACAUUCCAGAAAAUUCUUAGAGGUGUCAACAACAUCCGGACAACAAUUCGUAAGGAAAUGGGUCAGGAUAUAAGUGGUGCUUGUGGUCAGCUGGUAGUCAACUUACCUGAUAAGAAGUCUACAAAUUUGGGUGUAACUGAUAUUGAAGACCUUGUUUCCCGUAGAUGA